AUAGUUAUAUCUGUCGCGGUGCACUCUGGGUAGUUAGUCAGCAAAUCCAAGAUGGCGGCAAGCAGGAGGCUGCAUAAGGAACUCGAUGAAAUCCGCAAGUCUGGAAUGAAAAAUUUCCGCAACAUCCAAGUUGACGAGUCAAACAUUUUGACUUGGCAAGGGCUUAUUGUUCCUGACAACCCUCCGUACGAUAAGGGUGCAUUCAGGAUUGAAAUCAUCUUCCCUGCUGAGUAUCCCUUUAAGCCACCCAAGAUCACCUUCAAAACAAAGAUUUACCACCCAAACAUAGAUGAGAAAGGUCAGGUGUGCUUGCCAGUCAUAAGUGCUGAAAACUGGAAACCUGCAACCAAAACCGAUCAAGUAAUUCAGUCUCUCAUCGCCCUUGUCAAUGACCCUCAGCCAGAGCACCCACUGAGGGCCGAUCUAGCAGAGGAAUACUCAAAAGACCGUAAAAAAUUCUUUAAGAAUGCAGAAGAGUUUACAAAGAAACAUGGUGAAAAGCGGCCGGUGGACUAAUAAGAUGAGUGUGACUCCCACUCCUCUCCUUUGCCCACCUCUCCAGAUCUUUAAACCUCUGCCUCUACCCGUCACCCUCCCACCCAAGCUCCCAGCAUCCACUCCGAACUUGGAGCAGAGCAUCCCAAAAGCAUUUCGACCUCGCUACAGGACUUUUAUGACUCAGUUCUACAUGCCCUCUGGGUGCCAACUGGAUGGCUGGUUUUUCUAUAGUGUAUAAAGCAAAUGAGAUCCAAAUACAUGUGUAAAUGGAAACUUGGACAAAAUGGCAAGUUUUGGGUAAGGAGGGUGGGGGUAAAUGCUGUUCCUUUUAAUUUGUUCUUAAUUUGCACAGAGCUGUGUACUGGUCAUAAAACCUGCUGUGCAAUGAACCGUGACUGUUUUUUUUCUUUUCCCAGAGCAGAUUACUACAGUGAAUUUCAUUCUGUUAUGUCUUUUCGGUCUUUCUCCUCCACAAAAUUGUCUUUGUUCGGGCUAAAAACCAUGGUAGGCGACACUUAACGUAUCAAAAUUAUAAAGGUGUGUGUGGCAUACAUUUCUUUUAUAUUUCUUUUUAUUCUUUUGUUUUUGCUUAGGUUGCACUGUGUUCUGUGGAACGAAGUGUUAUGUUCUUCAUAACCUCUGUAAUUCAUCCAAUAUUCAAAACUUCAGCUUAUUCACUGUUCCCGUAUAAUGUUUAUGAUGUUAUAAAAAAGGGAAAAAAAACACAAUUCGUGUCUGAUUUUAAGAAUGCUUUUACAGCUUCUUUUAAUAGAUUAUGGUUUAAUAGAUGUCAUUUUAUUCUGAAAGAAACUUUCAAAAUUACUUAUUAUACCAUAGUGCCAAAUUAACACACAACUGGGACCAGAAUAAUUUGUUUUAGUUAAUUAUUUGCAAGAGGUGUUUCAAUUUAGCAGGAUAUGUUAAGUCUUGAUAUAUUUUUAUCACCAAGUGGAACUAAUUUAUGUACACAUGGUGAAUGACAACACAAUAAACCCAACCCAUCUUCUGAUGUAGUCAAAAUAAGAAGGUGGAUCAUAU